CCGAAACUCACAGAGCUGCGUGCAUCUUCCUUAAAAAACCUUUCUACUUCUUCAAAACUGUACUUAGAGAUCGAUCUAAGUACCAAAUUUCAAAAAAUUCAGACUUUUGCAGCGUUUUGAUCUGUAUAUUAUCUCAACAGAAUUGGUUUCCCUUUGAAAAACCAUCUCGCUGGAGUGAAAUCUACUAAUUUUAUCCUUGAUCUCGAGUAUGGAAACCCUAAUUCUGAAAGGCUCCCACUUCCCCACUUUCUUCGCGAUGUUCUCCUUCAUAUACCUGAUUGCUUAUUUUAUAGUUUUUCGGAACUGGAACCCAAAGCAACGCCCUGACGCGACAAGCUGCUUGAUUUCUCUGGUGCAUGGAACGCCCGCCGUCGUUUUGGCCUUAUCCGCUCUUUUAGCGAACCCCGCAGUCGGCUUCGCCUCGCGUAACUCCAGAUCUCAGAACCUUGCCCUUGAUUUCAGCAUCGCUUACUUCACAAUUGACCUCCUUCAUUUCCUCGUCCUCCUCCCCGGCGAUGUCCUCUUCAUCGCCCACCACCUCGCCACCCUCUUCGUUUUCGUUACCUGCAGGUAUCUUGUUUUGCAUGGCGCCUUUGCAAUUCUGGUCCUUUUGGUGCUUGCGGAGGUCACUAGCGCUUGCCAGAAUAUUUGGACCCUUGCUGGACUUCGGCGAACGGACCUGGCUGUGGCUGCCAAUGUUUAUCGGAUUCUGUCUCCACCGUUCUAUGUUUUGUAUUCGAUCAUGAGGGUAGUUCUUGGACCUCUGUUCUUCUUGAAGAUGAGCAUGUAUUAUUUGAGUGGUGAAGCAGAUGAUGUCAUUCCUAGAUGGGUUUCUGUUUCGUGGAUUGUGGUUGUUGGGGGAGCUAUAUUGGUAAGCAUCAUGUGGAUCUCGAAUCUUUGGGUGGAACUAGUUAGGGAAAUGAAGGGGAUAACUGAGAAGAAAGAGAGGUAGCUAUGGUUAUUCUUGCAUUGUUCAUUCUGUUGGUUGAUUUGGCAAGCUUCUGAUGUUGAAACACAACAGCAGUAGAAGUUUCGCUCCUCUUAGUUAAAUGUGGCAGCUACCAAAAAUAUCAAGUAUUUAUUGAAUUUCUAUUUUAUGAAUAACAUUCAUGAAUCUGUAUAUUUCAAUGAUUUAUUAGUAACUCUUUGAUUCCUUUGUUAUUGAAAAUUGGGGGGGAUUAUGGAUCCUUUAGUUAUUCCACACACAUGCAUUGUGCUUAUUUCUUGUUCCUCAAUAUUUUAGGUAUUGCCUAGGUUUGGUCAAAUUUUUUUGGAGAUUUUCUUCUUAGGGCCUGUUUGAUUUGGUACUCUAUACUUUCAGAAAUUUUGAUGUUUAUUCGGAUGAAUUUCAACUGAAGUGAAAAAUUACACUGCAUUUAAAAUUCAUUCUCUAGUUCAUUUUUAAUUUGCUUGAUUUUGGUGAAUUUCAAAUCUGCCCUUUUCAGCAAAGUAUUCAUAACGCCGCUGGCCUCCUGUAGAUUGUUGCCAAUCGGCCACCACCCGUCGUCAUUGCCCGCCGCCACUACCAGCCACCUAUCGCCGCCACCCUCUGUAGUAGUUCGUCUUCCGUCCACCACUAAUAACUGGCUGCCGCCUAUUAACCACCCCCUCCAAACGCUGCCACCACGUGCCAGCGACGUAUAUUACAUUGAUUUUGUUUUUUCCAAACUAAACAAUAAAAUGUGAAGUCUUGCAUUUAGUUUACAUGGAAUUAAACAACUUCAAAUUAUUCAAAA